UCGUUUCAGCUUUCCCCACGCCCCCAACAGCCAUAGCUUCCGUCAUCGUAGUGGGAGAGAGGACUUCCCUGAAGCAGAGCACUUGGGCCGCGAUGGCGUACAUGAGCAUGGGAGAAGCUCACCGGAGGAUCACCGACUACCUCAACCACUUCUCCGACGCCGUCUACGACCAGGACGCUGCCUCCCUGAAGCUCAUCCUCUCUCUCUCCUCCAACUCCCCCUCCCAACUCUCCCUCGCCGACGCCCUCAACAUCUUCCAGGAUGCGAACAGGCUGAUCAAGCAAUCUGACAAACACUCUCAGUUCGGGGAGAUCGUCGUGCCGCUCUUCCGCUCUCUUCAGAACUACAGGCUCGGCAAUUUGGUCGAUGCAUACAAUGCUUAUGAAAAGGCCGCCAAUGCGUUCAUUCAGGAGUUCAGGAACUGGGACUCCGCUUGGGCUCUGGAGGCGUUGUAUGUGAUUGCUUAUGAAAUUAGGGUUCUUGCCGAGAGGGCUGAUAGAGAAUUGGCUUCAGGUGGGAAGUCGCCUGAGAAAUUGAAGGGGGCAGGAUCUUUCCUAAUGAAAGUUUUUGGUGUCCUUGCUGGAAAGGGCCCAAAACGUGUUGGAGCAUUAUAUGUGACUUGUCAGCUGUUCAAAAUUUACUUUAAGCUUGGUACAGUCCACCUAUGCAGGAGUGUUAUAAGAAGCAUUGAGACAGUUCGCGACUUUGAGGAAUUUCCCAAAAGAGACAAGGUUACAUAUAUGUAUUAUACUGGACGUUUGGAUGUCUUCAAUGAAAAUUUUUCUGCUGCUGAUCAUAAAUUAUCUUACGCCUUGACUCACUGUAAUCCCCAAAGUGAAGCAAAUAUAAGGAUGAUACUAAAAUAUUUGAUACCUGUAAAGCUUUCAAUAGGCAUUUUACCUCAAGAUUGUCUCCUGCAGAAGUAUAACUUAGUUGAGUAUAGGAAUGUUGUCCUAGCACUAAGAAGAGGUGACCUUCGACUUCUUCGAACAGCUCUAGAGGAGCACGAAGACAGAUUCCUUAGGUCUGGUGUCUAUCUUGUUCUCGAGAAGCUAGAGCUCCAAGUGUAUCAGAGAUUGCUAAAGAAAAUUUAUAUCAUUCAGAAACAGAGAGACCCAAGCAGAGCUCACCAGAUGAAGUUGGAAGUAAUUGUCAGAGCACUGAAGUGGCUCAAGAUUGAUAUGGACUUGGAUGAGGUGGAAUGCAUUGUGGCCAUUUUGAUAUACAAGAACCUUGUAAAGGGCUACUUUGCUCAUAAAAGUAAGGUAGUGGUAUUGAGCAAACAAGAUCCUUUCCCCAAGCUGAACGGUAAGCCAGUGAGUUCAUAGUUGAUUCUGAGAUCCUGCGGCACAGUUUUGAGAUUCUGCUGGAUUUAUGCUGAGUUGUAGCGGAAAACGCCGACUCCCAUUCUCUUGCCAAAGGCCAUUAUGAAGCGCAUUGACGAGCAAUCUCAUGCAGUAGUAAUCUGCUUACUAUUGACACGUGCAUUGAAGAAGUAGCCCUCGAAUCAGUUAUAAAAUAACAGGAUGUAUUUUUAUGAUCCUUAUGGGAUAUCUCCUAUUGUACGAUCUUAGGACACGGGUAAAUGUUGUGAUGGGAGUUAUUUGGAAGAUUAUGCAUUGCGGCGUUCAUGAGGAAUUUCAUUUUUUUGGGCAAAGAAUGUUUAAUAUGAUUAAUCUGAGUCAAACGAUUUAUCAAGGGAUUCUUUAUAUCCA